UGAACCCGUAGGCAGCAUGAGCGCCUUUCUGUCUUGCAUCUUUCUCGCCUACCUAUCCCUUAAGAGAGCCUCGCCAUAUCUAUUGUCGCUUGUACCUUCCCUGUAUCCUUCUAUCUCAUCUUCGUUCACCUGCGUGUCCAACAUCCGUGAUGGAUCUCAAGACUGGUCAACGAGUUGCGAUUUACCGGGGAGCCGACCUACCGAGCCAGUACACCUGGAGCCCUUAUGUCUCGAAGCUCGAGCUUCGUUGUCGUCUGUCAGGUCUCAAGUACAUCUGUGAGAUUGGCUUCCCCCCGUCCGGACCUAAAGGAAAGAUACCGUACGUGGAGGUGACCAUGCCUGGGCAUUCUUCAGUAUGGCUCUCGGAUUCGACCCUGAUUGCGAAAGACUUUGUGAACAAGGGCCUGCUGCAUAGUUUGAACGCAGACCUGGGUGCUUUGGAGAAGGGACACGACCUUGCAAUUCGAGCAUUGAUGGAAGACAAGCUCGCGUUUUACGACACGCAUGAGCGUUGGGUCAAGAACUACUAUGUCAUGCGAGACCAUGCCAUGGGCAAGCUGCCAUACCCAGCAAGGAUCAUCGCAGGAACUCUGGCGUACCGGGGCAUCGUCCAGCGACUUCAUGAACAAGGGACCGGUCGCUUUAGUGACGCAGAAAUCACUGCUUUCACUGAAGAGGUUUGGGAAUCCGUCAAUGGGUUGCUCGAAGCCAGUAUGGACAAGAAACAGAGCAAGGAAGAGUGUUUCUGGGUAUUGGGAGGGAACGAGCCAUCUGAAGCCGACACCACUGUCUUUGGCUUUGUUGUCGCCAACCUUGUUAGCGAUUCUGCGCCUUGGAGUAGGGAUCUUUUGAAGACGCGAUUUCCCAAUACGGUCGAGUAUGCAAGAAGGGUCCAUAAGAAGUACUUCCCAGAUUACCACAUGUGGAACUAGGGCUUCCACACCGAAGAGCUCGCACGCAGGUUGCUUUGAAACACCUCACGACUCCUUCACUUCUUGACUACUUGUAUCGUUACCUAUUCAUUUGAAGAUUCCACAACUGAUCAGGCAUCAUGCGAGUGCGAGGUACCAUCUAAUACUGGCUGAACACCCAGAAUCCAUGGUAGCCCCAC